AUGGCCAGCGGGCCGCACUCCUCUGAGGACCAGGGCCGUCUGCUCGAAGAGGCCCUGGGGAUUGUCCGGCAACAGUCGAUAAUGAUGCGAAGAUGUUUGGAAACCCCUGGGAAGCUUAUGGACGCUUUGAAAUGCGCUUCUACACUGAUCUCAGAGCUCCGUACGCCUAGCUUACCCCCGAAACAGUAUUACGAGUUAUACAUGGCUGUAUUCGAUGCGCUGCGCCAUUUGUCCGAUUACCUUCGAGAAAGUCAUCCUGUCAAUCACCUGGCCGAUCUGUAUGAACUGGUUCAGUAUGCUGGCAAUAUAAUCCCGCGCCUGUACCUUAUGAUCACCGUGGGCACGGUGUAUAUGGCUAUUCCGGAUGCUCCUGUCAAAGAGAUCAUGAAAGAUAUGAUGGAAAUGAGCAGAGGCGUGCAGCACCCGGUGCGCGGCUUGUUCUUGAGAUACUAUCUAUCCGGGCAAGCCAGGGAUCAUUUGCCGACUGGGACUGAAGAAGGGCCCCAAGGAAACCAGCAAGACUCAAUCAAUUUUAUCCUGACGAACUUUGUGGAAAUGAACAAGCUAUGGGUUCGGUUACAGCACCAAGGACACUCACGAGAACGAGAGCAAAGAACUCAGGAGAGAAGGGAGCUUGAGGUUCUGGUCGGAAGUAAUCUGGUUCGCCUCAGUCAGUUGGUUGACUUGGAAACUUAUAAAUCCGUCAUAUUACAACCUCUUCUGGAGCAGGUCGUCCAAUGCAGAGACGUGCUUGCUCAGGAGUAUCUUCUAGAAGUGAUCACGAAAGCUUUCCCUGAUGAAUACCAUUUGCAUACACUCGACGUCCUACUCACCGCUAUCUCAAGACUUAACCCCCACGUUGACAUGAAAAAGAUUGUCAUUGGGCUAAUGGACAGACUAUCGUCGUAUGCGAGUCGAGAUACUGACAAUAAUGCCACCGUUGAAGCUAAGAGAGAAGUAGAGGAAGAGGCUACCCGGAAACUGCUCGAACGAGUGAAAAUAUCCAAAGAAACCAAACCUGCAGAAACAGAAGAGGCCAGACAAAAUGGAACUACUCGGCCGGAAGAGGCUAGUAAGGAAGAAGAUGGCGAGCAGAAAUCCGACAAAGACCAGGAACCUCCGCCCGAAGCCUCAACAGAAGCGUCUAAUGAGGAUGAGAACCACACGCCUAAAACGACUUUACCGGGUGAUACCAAGCUAUAUGAGAUCUUUUACGACCAAGUAGUAAACCUAGUGAUGACCCGUGGUUUACCAGUCCAAGAUACCAUUGCGCUUUUAGUCUCUCUGGCAAAUCUUGCAUUGAAUAUAUAUCCAAGCAGAUUAGAAUAUAUUGACCAGAUUCUCGAAUUUGCGACUCAAAAGACCUUAGAUCAUGCCGAUAGCGCGGACCUACACUCUGCGCCGGCGCAAUCAAGUCUUCUCAAUCUCCUCUUAGCCCCCGUUCAUUCAUACGUUUCGAUUUUCACAGCAUUGUCACUUCCGAAUUAUAUCCCCCUAUACACCGCGCAGUCAUAUCCAACCAGAAGAGCUGUCGCUGGAGACGUUAUCCGCAAUAUUUUGAAAAACAAAAUUUUGAUAUCCACGACACAAAACCUUGACAAUGUCCUUCAGAUACUCAAGGUUUUGAUAAGGGAAGGGAUGCAGCAGCCUCUCGGCUACCCAGGUGUUUCUACACAACGACGUGGAGAAACGGAUGAGACUAUUGAGGAGCAAGGAUGGUUGGCACGAUUAGUCCACUUCAUCCAGGGUUCAAACAACGAGACACAAUUCAAGCUCUUGCAAGCCUUAAGAACGGCUUACUUGGAAGGAAACGAAAGAAUUCGGUACACCACUCCAGCGCUCAUCACGGCUUCACUCAAACUAGCCCGUAACCUAAAAAAGCGGGAGCAUCUUGAGGAUAACUUCCAGGCGCAAUCUGCUGCAGUAUACAGGUUUAUGCACCAAUGCAUAAGCACCCUAUAUCAAAGAGUAAAUUCGGGUUGUGCGGAACUGUCAUUACGCCUCUUUGUUCUUUGCGGUCAAGUUGCCGACCAGGCCGGAUUCGAAGAGUUUAGCUACGAAUUUUUCGCGCAGGCAUUCACAAUAUACGAGGAUUCUAUCAGUGAUUCAAGAGCGCAAUUUCAGGCUGUAUGCAUUCUUGUCAGUGCGCUCUAUGGCACAAGGAACUUCUCAAGGGAGAAUUACGACACUCUCAUCACCAAAGCCGCUUUACACGGAAGUAAACUGUUGAAGAAGCCGGAUCAAUGUCGAGCGGUUUACUUAGCAAGUCACCUUUGGUGGGUGAUGGAUGCGCCACGAGCAGAGGGGGAGGAACCCGCAGUUGUCUACCGCGACGGAAAACGAGUCCUCGAAUGCCUCCAGCGCGCUCUCCGCGUCGCCGACGCCUGUAUGGACACCGCCGUCUCCGUCGAACUCUUCGUCGAGAUCCUCAACCGCUACGUGUACUACUUUGACCAAGGAAACGAAAACGUCACCAUCAAGUAUCUCAACGGGCUCAUCGAGCUCAUCCAGUCCAAUCUCCAGACCAACCAGGUCGACGGAAACGUCAAUUCGAGCCUGGAGAAUCCCAAGCGGCAUUUCCAGCGGACACUGGAGUAUAUUAAAUCGAGGGGGUAUGAGGGUGUCGUCUUAGGCCCGGCUGUGUGA